AUGCUGCGCAACUCAAUUGCGCCGUCCCGAGGGCUGGGUUCGCUGGCCCGGCAAAGAGCCGCCGGUCCAUGGUUAACUACAUCCAGACGAAGCCUCCUAGGAAAGAGGGGCUACAGUAAAGCCAGAAGCGCUGGCUGGCCUUAUGAGAGCUCAAUUAGACCCGGGACCGCUGUAUUACCAACCAGGAAAACCUCAUGUGCCACAUUUACAAGCAGCGCAACACUUCGUGAGAACGAGCCCAAUGUUCGAUCACCGCCUUCUCCCUCUUCCGCCUCAGCUAUAACGCCAGAAGGUGUUUCAAAACCACCACCGUCAUCGCCUGCCGCCCAGGGUCUGACAUCGCCUGGCUCAUCGGUAAACCCGCCGGAACCCCCAAAGACCCAAACUGGCGCUCCUCCUCCUCCACCACCCCCUCCUCCUGCUCGUAAGGCCAAGGGGAAAUUCACCAGGUUCCUAUUGUACCUGGUUCUCACCACUGGAGUAGCCUAUGCCGGAGGUGUGUGGUUUUCUCUUAAAUCCGAUAACUUCCAUGACUUUUUCACGGAAUAUGUUCCCUAUGGUGAGGAGGCGGUAUUGUAUCUCGAGGAGCUUGAUUUCCGUCGCCGUUUCCCAAACGCUACCCGACAUAUUAACACCCGGCCUGCCGCUCCUCGAGACGAGGGUGAGAAAGUGACCAUCCCAAGCAAGAGCGGCGUUUCUUGGAAGGUAGCCGAGAAGGAAGGUGGCAGUGAUGUAUCUCAAAAGGGAAGACAUAUGAGUGCUUUGGAUGCCGAAACUUCUCGUACUACGGAUAAGUCGAAAUCUGCACCAAAACGCCCAGCUAGCGAAGACAAGGUUGUUUCUGAGACUACUGGCACUAAGAAGGAUAAAAGCAACGAAAGAGUCCCAGUUACCGAUACUAAGAAACCCGCUGUUUCGCUUGAUGAGCCGAGAAAGCCCGCUGUUCCUACCGUUUCCAGCAUUGAGCCAUUAGCUGCUCUACAAGAUGAUGCAACUAUUCAGGAGUUAACAAAGAUUGUUAACGGUCUUAUCACUGUUAUAAAUGCGGAUGAAUCGGCUUCUAAGCUUGCUGCCCCGCUCACCAAAGCAAAGGAAGACUUCUUGAAACUUGGAGAACAAAUCUCUAGAAUCAAGGAGGAAGCCCUUGCUGCGGCCAAGGAAGAGAUUAAUAACGCACACCUGGAAUUUGAUCGAUCUGCGACUGAACUUGUCCGACGGAUCGAUGAAGUUCGUGCGGAAGAGGCUGCCCAGUAUCGUGAGGAAUUUGAGAUGGAGCGUGAGAAGCUUGCGCACUCUUACCAGGAAAAGAUCAAGACUGAAAUCGAGCGGGCCAACGCAGUGGCUGAGCAGCGACUUCGAAACGAGUUAGUUGAGCAAGCAAUUGAAAUGAACCGCAAGUUCCUUAACGAUGUCGAGACACUUGUUGAAAAGGAGCGUGGAGGCCGCCUUAGCAAACUGUCUGAGCUCACUGCCCAAGUUGCCGAGCUUGAGAAAUUGACUGCUGGCUGGAACGAAGUGAUUGGCGCAAACCUGACUACCCAACAGCUUCAAGUUGCGGUUGAUGCGGUUCACACCGCCCUUGAGAGUGAUAGCAUGCCCAGACCGUUCAUCAAUGAACUGCUUGCGGUCAAGGGCCUCGCAGGUCAGGACCCAAUUGUGAAUGCGGCCAUCUCCUCGAUAAACCCUACCGCAUACCAGCGUGGAAUCCCAUCUACUUCCCAGAUCAUUGACCGUUUCAGACGAGUUGCCAACGAAGUCCGUAAAGCAAGCCUGCUCCCCGAAGAUGCUGGUGUCGCUAGCCACGCAACGAGCUAUCUGAUGAGCAAGGUUAUGUUCAAAAAGGAAGUUUCCUCUAGCGGGGAUGAUGUCGAGAGCAUACUCACCCGCACAGAGAAGCUGCUUGAAGAGGGCAACUUGGACGAAGCUGCUCGUGAAAUGAACGCACUUCGCGGAUGGUCGAAGUUAUUAAGCAAGGAUUGGCUGGCUGAUCAAUGGAUGCUAACUCAGGCUCUCUAG